AUGCUUUGCGGUCGUAUAGCGCACACCACCUGUGUUAGAUCUGACAAGGGUGGUGAGAACGUCCAGGUUGCUUGGUUCAUGUUGAAUCACCCACAACAUGGGCCUGGAAGAGGAAGUAUGAUAACAGGUUUGUGGCAUGGAAAUGCCAGAAUAUAUACUGUAUUUACACAGACUUAUCCUUUUUGUCAAUAGUUUGUGUGAUAGUAAAUCUGUGACUGGUUUGAAUUAACUAAUACUGUCAUUGGUUGAUGAUAGUGCAGUAUAAGACAAUUUUAAUCUGUGCUUUUGUUGCUAUGAUAUAUUUAGGAAGACAAUGUUAAUGAAUUCAUAGAUUCUGUUGCCGGGCAAGCUGAAAAGAGCUUGUCCGUUGCUCAGUUGGUGGAGCCUUGGACUAGCAUACCAAAGGUCGCAGGUUCGAAUCCCACCGUGGUCAAGUUGUUUUUCAGCUUGCCUGGUGUGGAAUCUACACUCAGAGUAGCAGAAAAGAAAUUAAAGCAGAUUAAAGCAACACAGAUACAUUGGGAAAAAAAUAAUUUGAAAAUUUUUAAGUAUUUCAAAAACCUUUCCUGUAUACUAGGUAAAAGUAUUCAUAACCAAAGAAUUGAGAGGCUUUGGCGUGAUAUAUUCCAAGGAUGCACUGGUGUCUUCUAUGAUCUAUUCUGCGAGAUGGAGGGGCUUGGUUUGCUGGAUCCGAACAACGACACACACUUGUGGUGCCUUCAUUCAAUCUUUCUCCCAUUGAUUAACAACCAUUUGACAUCCUGGAAAGAUGCCUGGAUUCGGCACCCACUUAGUUCGGAGAAGAAUAAGACCCCUUUGCAACUAUGGAUACAAGGCCUGAAUGCCAUAUCAAUGACAAAUUCCACAGUGGCACGCGAAGUCUUUCAGGUUGGGGUCAACAACCUUUUAUGUUUCCCAACCAUGCAUGUCAAUUAUGUAUUAAUGAUUUCUUCAUUACUCCAUUAGGAAGGUGAAGACUAUCAGAAUUAUGGAGUCGACUGGGAAGAAGCAGUUGGAGAAAUAGAACCCGAUAUGGUGGAAGUUCCCGAAACUAACUCUGGGUUGAAUGAAGAGCAAGCUGAUGAAAUUAGGAGCCAAAUCCCAGCCAACGUAACAAUUAAUAAUGCUUUUGAUGUUUAUUAUGAUAUUCUGAACAGAUCAUUAACAAUGCUAGGUUGACGAAAUGGCUAUAUGGCAAAAAGUGUAAAUGAUACUUAAUUUAAAGUAAUCAUGGUAAUAAAAUAAAUAUUUUAUUAUCCAUGAUUUAAUUAAGGUGGAAAAGCCAUAACGAAAUGAACAGGAUGCAAUAAACAGGAUUAUUGUAUAAUCUUUAUUUUAAUCUUUAUAAUCUUUAUGUGCAGGCUUAUUUUUAAAGAGGCGGUCAAGUCAAAUCUUGAGGGCUUCCAAUGUAAACAAAAUGAAAUCUUGUGUUUGUUUGAAUUGUUUUGAAAUCUUAUAAAUCACAAACUCUAAGACCAAGCAACCAGAACAAGGUUACUGUUAGAUGUUGACAAAGAAUAUUCCUAGUUUAUAAGUAUGGUACAGAAAUGAUGGUGUGUCCAUCCGAAUGUUAAAAUUGGAUGCAAAUAACAAAACUAUAUUAUAUAGUGCAAACGCAGUUAAAUUGUUAACCACUCAGCUAAUUAUGAAUGAUGUAUGCCCAGAGAACCAUGAGUGAGAGCUAUGUCUAUAAAUUUCUUGAAAUCAUCAUACGAUUCAUGGACUGUUGGGAGGGAUAUAGCAAAAAAACAAGUUUCAGCAACAGGCAAAGGGCUGUUAUCCUCUUGGAAUUUCACCUGCAGAGUACCAUUCCGGGGUGGUAAAUUGUUCAUGGCUGUCCAAAAACAGCAAAGGUCA